UCCAUUCAUGGCCACCACUCCACUAUAAAACUCAGUCUCCACCGGCCGCCACUAAGAGCUCACACCUCCUCGUCUCACCAUCUUCUCCGAUUAGUUCAUGGAGGCUCAAGAUCCCUCUUCAGCAGCAGCAGCUCCCCUGGACCUGUCUCUCACGCUGGCCCCCAUGUCACCUUGGGAUAAUCAUCAUUCUCGCGGUGGCGGCCGCCGCCGCGGUGGUGGCGGCAAGAGAUCGAGGCUCUUCUCUUGCCUAUUCUGCGAGAGGAAGUUCUUCAAGUCGCAGGCGCUAGGAGGCCACCAGAACGCGCACCGGAAGGAGCGGGUCAUUGGCAGCUGGAACGCCCACCUGUACCUCCCUGACCAUCAUCGUGACGCCGUGCAAACCACUGCAACCGCGCGCCUUGAUGACAACGACGACCACAAGCUUCAGGAGCUUGAUCUUAACCUCAAGCUUUGAUUAGCUCUAGCUCGUGUGUACGUGUUAUGACCGGCAUAGGGGCUUAGCCCAGUGGGUUAUGGCCCAAGUAUCUUAAUUAGGGGCUUAGCCCAAUUAUCUUAUCGUAUUAGGAUCGUUUGCUUAGGAGUCAAGUAAACCUCUCUAUAUAAGGAGAGGAGAUGUAUCAAUCUAAUCAAGCAAGAAGCAAUCAUAAUUUGCUCGGCUUCCCUUAGGGAGCCGGGAGACCUAAACCCUAGCCGCCUCCUGCCUUCGCCGCCGCUGCUUCCGUCGCAAGGACGGCGCCACGC